UUACACAUUCACUGCAGUACUUCUACACUGCAUCAACAGGAAUUCCAGGCUUUCCAGAGUUUGUGGAUGUGGGCAUCGUGGAUGGGCAGCCAAUCUCAUACUAUGACAGCAUAACUAAAAAAAAGGUUCCCAAGCAGGACUGGAUGGCAAAGAAUGAAGGACCUGAUUACUGGGAGGCAGGGGCACAGAGAUUAACUGGUACUGAGCAGGCUUUUAAAGCUAACAUUGAAACUGCCAAGCUGCGCUUCAACCAGACUGGAGGUGAGUAAUGAACAACAUUGAAAACUAAAAAAUGUUCUAUUCAUGCUGAUAGUUUCUCUUAA